GCAAAUGAAAACCUUGACAACCCUUGAGCUUUACUUCAGUUACCUACGAACACCAGGAGGGGGAGGAUUUCACUUCCUUUCUCCACAGUAUUAAGUCAUUCUACGUCCUUUUGGUAAAUUAUUCGUCUUUCUGCAACAACCAGGCGGCGGGCGGCCACGCUGAGCUACAGGCAGACUCGCUGAACACGUCCAUCAUGCUCCGGUCAUCGUCGAGGCUGUGCUCCCUGGCCAGGCUGGCGGGCAGGCAGCCUGCCGCGGCCUACUCCGCCCCGGCCAUCCCGCAGCCCAUCACCGCCCCCGACGUGCCCUACACCGGGAUCUUCAUCAACAAUGAGUUCCACAAGUCCGAGAGUGGCAAGCAGUUCCCGACAGUCAAUCCUGCCACCGGUGAGGUGAUCACCAUGGUGGAGGAAGGGGACAAGGCUGAUGUAGACAAGGCAGUGAAGGCAGCCCGUGCGGCCUUCGAGCUGAACUCUGAGUGGCGGCAGAUGGAUGCCUCCGAGCGGGGCCGACUGCUCUUCAGGCUGGCGGACCUCAUCGAGCGGGACAAGGUGUACCUGGCGAGCCUGGAGACCCUGGACAAUGGGAAGCCUUACUCCAACUCAUACGCUGUGGAUCUAGAAAUGGUUAUUAAGAACUUGCGUUACUUUGCCGGCUGGGCAGACAAGCUUCAUGGCCAGACGAUCCCCACUGAUGGGCCUUACUUUGCCUACACGCGCCAUGAGCCCAUAGGUGUGUGUGGACAGAUCAUCCCCUGGAACUUUCCUCUGCUCAUGCAGGCCUGGAAGUUUGGGCCGGCCCUUGCCACAGGCAACACUGUGGUGAUGAAGCUGGCAGAGCAGACUCCCCUCACCGGCCUCUAUGUAGCCAAGCUGGUGGCUGAGGCGGGCUUCCCUGCUGGUGUGGUGAACGUCAUUCCCGGGUACGGCCACACUGCUGGCGCUGCCAUUUCCUCACACAUGGACGUGGACAAAGUGGCCUUCACUGGCUCCACUGAGAUUGGCCACUUGGUGCAGCAGGCAGCGGGCGCCAGCAACCUGAAGCGUGUCACCCUGGAGCUUGGUGGCAAGAGUCCCAACAUUGUCUUUAAGGAUGCUGACAUGGACUAUGCCAUUGAACAGUCCCACUUUGGCCUCUUCUUCAACCAGGGCCAGUGCUGCUGUGCUGGCACCAGGAUCUUUGUGGAGGAUUCCGUGUAUGAUGAGUUUGUGGAGCGUAGUGUUGAGCGGGCCAAGGCGCGCACAGUGGGGGAUCCCUUCGACCUGAACAACGAGCAGGGGCCUCAGGUGGAUGAGAUGCAGAUGAACAAGAUCCUGGAACUUAUUGAAUCUGGCAAAAAGGAAGGAGCCAAGAUGUGUGUGGGAGGAAGCCGCAAGGGAGACAAAGGGUAUUUCAUUGAGCCAACUGUGUUUGCUGAUGUGAAAGACCACAUGCGGAUUGCUGAGGAGGAGAUCUUUGGCCCAGUUCAGCAGAUCAUGCGAUUCAAGGACAUAGGUGAAGUUAUCCAGCGAGCCAAUGCCACCAAAUAUGGACUGGCAGCAUCCGUCUUCACGAGGGACCUGGACAAGGCCAACCUCUUUUCUCAGGGGCUGCGGGCUGGAACUGUCUGGGUCAACUGCUAUGACGUCCUGAAUGCUCAGACGCCUUUCGGAGGAUAUAAGUACUCUGGUCAGGGAAGGGAGAACUCUGAGUAUGCUUUGAGGAACUACUAUGAGGUGAAGGCUGUUAUCACCAAGCUCCCUAUUAAAAAUGCAUAAGAGGCCAAAGGAAAUGAGUCUCCCUCUUCCUCACCAGUAAGGAUAUGGUGGGCGUGGGUGUGGUGGUGCCGUAGUGCUGCCUCCAAAAACCUGAGACGAUCCUGGCACUGCCUCAGCUGGGCACGAAGGCACACCCUGAUGGUCUCCUCCCCCAGGGUGCCAAACUCCUGGUUGGAAUGAGGAGAGAAGAGGGAGGGGCAUAAGGUUAAGGAUAAAGGGGAAUAAAGAAGAAUGAUAAAGGGGAAGAGAUAAAUUAGACAAUAUAUUUUCUUCCGGAGGGGAAAUUAAAUACAUGGGCACUUAACUGCAAAUUGUGUUAAUUUUCAUGUUUUUUCAUCUUUUAUGCAGGUGAUGGAAUUCAGCUUCUUUGUUUGUACUAUGAAUUCAUGAUAUAUUUUCUAUUAAAUCAAACAAUAUUCAGAAGUAA